AUGCUCGACUCCAAUGGCAAUGGCAUGCACCACGAGGACGACGACGGCCUCUUCACCGACUCCGACCCCGUCCUCCCCGACCCUUCCCAGAUGGGGGCCCAUAAUGGAAUCCUCCUCCGCGAGUGGCGCCGGUACGUGCGCUCCCUCUCCUUGCUCCUCUCGCCUAGAUCAACAUUUGCAUUCGGUCUCAUUCUUUAUGAGAUGAUUGAAGGAUCUCCUGCAUUUCACCCAAAGCCUCAAGAGGAAGCGGCCAAGAUGAUUUGUUCAGAGGGUUUGAGACCAUUAUUCAAGAAUAAAUCCAAAUCAUAUCCUGAGGGCGUGAAAGAGCUAAUACAAGAGUGCUGGGAUCCAACACCUUCCGGCAGGCCAACGUUCUCAGAUAUAAUUGUAUGCCUGAACAAGAUAUCUGCAAGUUGUUCCAAGCAAACUCGCUGGAGAGACAACUUCAAGCUACCAUGGUACAGUUCUCACUGAUCUAACUGCAAAAACAUGAGCUAUCAAACUCCUUUGUGAAUCAUUUCAAUCUUUUUUAUAAUAAUCUAGAACUGACAUUAGUCGGUAUCCUAAGGUAAUUAAUUUGAUGGUCUGUUGCUUUAUUGGUAAUACACCAUGGCUUAUAAUUGAAAUGCUUCAGUUCAUUUCAGUAACUCUGGGAAUAACUGGAGCGUUGUUUUAUGAUUGAUCUACCAUAAAAAAU